UGCCACCAAACUUCUCGUCUGCCAUUAAAGAUCAUGGAAGAUUCACGGAGUGAAAAACAGCGGAUGUUACGACGCCACCACCGCGAGAAGAAAGGGCUACAGGCCCGCAUUCAGCUCAUGAGGAGUUCGGUCCCCAAGAGCGACAAGAAGAAAAGAAAGCAGUUGCAUCUCGACGUGGCCCGCCUUGAGGCCGAGAUGGAGCAGAAGCACCAGCAGGAGCUGGAGAAGUUCCAAGAGGAUUUCCCUGGUAUCAGCAACCUUGAUUCUGUCACUGAAGAUCUAGCCAAGAUGGAUCUUGAGAACCAGCCUCCGCACCUCCUCAGGGCACAGAGAAAGCGCGAAAGAAGGGCUGCCCUCGAGAGAACACGCCAGGAGAGGAUUGCGGAGGUUAACAUGGAGUAUCUGGCCAGCUUCCGCCAAGACGAGGAAGAGAAGCUCGGCGCCAUCCUGGAGGCCAAGCAUCUGGAGAUGAAGGAUACGCCGACUGACAGCCACUGCAUGUAUCGUGCCAUCCAAGACCAGCUGGUGUUCUCCGUAACCGUGGAGAGCCUGCGGAACCGCACUGCCGAGUACAUGCGGAAGCACGUCGAUGAUUUCUUGCCUUUCUCCAGCGACCCCGAAACCGGUGACGCCGACAGCCGCGACCGCUUCUUUAGCUACUGUGACGACAUCGUGUGCAGUGCAUCGUGGGGAGGCCAACGGGGGCUGAGGGCCCUGUCACACAUCCUGCAGACCCCCGUCGAAGUGAGCCAGGCCGACUCGCCAGCCAUCGUCACGGGAGGGGAGUAUACCAGGCAGCCGCUAAUCCUGGUCUGCGUGCGCUCCGCCUGCAACUUCGGGGAGCACUCCAAGUCCGUGAAGCCGCAGGAGGCCGGCGCCACCGGGGGCGCAACCCCCCGCCUCUUCCAGGCCGGCCUUUGUCGCCGCUGUGGCGGCUGCCACCGGAGCCGGAGCCAACGCUACCACCCUGAGCUGGAACCGUCCAGUCACCCUGGACACCUGGCACCCGCUGCGUCCCACCACCUACUCACCAAGCUCAAUCCACGCGACCUGGACAACACCCAGCGGAUCUGCCGGCGCCCGUCUCCUCUCUGCAGCACCCAGGCCCUCCACACCGCUGCCCCAGCCCAGGGGGACUGUCUGCCCCGCUCCUGGGGGCACGGCGCCCCUGUCCCCACGUCACUACCCACACUGCUCCCGAAUGAACGAUCCAAAAUAAAAACCGAGGCUCCUCCCUUUAGCUUCAGGGGGACAAACUCAAUUCCUAGCGUGACACAGAGACACCCCACCCAUUCCACCUUAACCACCCACACGACACAACGCCACCUGCUGCCCAAGCAUACAGGGCUGGCUGUGCUUCUCUGA